AUGAAACUCGCAGUCACAGUAUUGGCAUCAAUCUUGUUUGCUUGCUCGGUCACUACAGCCAAACCAGUCAAUCCCAGUGCAACUACAAGUGCAACUACAAGUGCAACUACAAGUGCUGAAGCUAGCACUUCAACCGUCAUCCCAACUGCAACUGAAAGUGACGAAUCUAAGCAUCGGGUACUUUCUUAUGAAGGAUCUGAAUUUUCAGUUGAUCUUAGUAAACUCUCAAAGGAUGAUGUGAAGUUGAUCAAAGAAUAUCUAGAAAAGGAUCAAAAACGUGAAAAGGCAAAGAAAGCGUGCGACUCGGCCAAAUCUGAAGAGCUCAAUCAAGAAGAAUUGUUAAGACGCCUAAGUGGAAAGAAUUACAAACUGUCACUAAAAUAUUCGAACAGGAAUGAUCCAGUGUAUCAAGAAAAGAAAAGAGAAAUUAAACAGAAGCUUAAUGAAGAGAACGAAAAAUUAUUCAGCCUUCAACAAAAGCGUCUGAAACUCGAUAAAAAUCUUUAUCACGCUGGCUUGUUGCUUCAUAUGGCCAGAAAAGAACUUGCAGAUCUCCUGUUCCAAAAUGGUCCAAGUACAGCAUCACUUUAUUCUCGAAUCAAAUUUCUGAAAUCAAAUCCCAGUUUUGUUGAAGAUAUUUACCAAUCUUUUAUUCUCCGACUAAACAAACAGUCGGGAUCGGAUCCAUCAUCAUCAAGCAAAACGUCUACAGACCAACCCACUCAAACAUCAUCCAGUACACAAAAAUCUUCCAAAUCUUCCAAAUCCCAUUCUUGA